AUGCCAGUGUAUUCAAUAUCUCAUGUUGAGAAUGUUAGAGUUUGUGUGGUUAUGGUUGGUUUACCAGCUCGUGGAAAAUCUCUUAUAUCCCAGAAGAUUGUCCGGUACUUGUCAUGGUUGUCGAUAAUGUCAAAGUGCUUCAACGUUGGUAACUACAGGCGAGAAGUGGCCAAAGAGGCUGCUCUUAACGCCGAUUUCUUUAAUCCAAAGAAUGAAGAGGGGUUGGCUUAUAGGAAACAAGCAAUAGAUUCAGCAAUCAAAGACAUGAUGAAUUGGUUUGUCGAGGAAAAUGGUGUUGUAGGGAUUUUGGAUGCCACAAACUCCACCCGUGAAAGAAGGGAUAGAAUCUUGAAGUUAUGCCGGGAGAACUAUAUCGAACCCAUGUUUUUAGAAAGUUGGUGUGACGACAAAGAGCUCAUAUUGCAGAAUAUCAUGGAUGUGAAAACCACCUCCCCGGAUUACAUCACAAAACCUAAUGAAUUUGCUAUGGCAGAUUUUCUUAAGAGAAUCGAGCAUUAUGAAUCAGUUUAUGAAACUAUGGACCCUUCUGCAGACUCGGAAUUGACCUUCGUCAAACUUGUUAAUGUGAACGCGCAAAUUAUUUUGAACCGGAUCGAGACUUAUUUGGAAAGUCGAAUUGUUUACUACGUGAUGAACUUACAUAUCAAACCAAGAAGCAUUUGGUUGUCAAGACAUGGUGAGUCGGAGUUCAACUUGACCGGCCAGAUUGGUGGUGAUGCCGAUUUGUCAGAACGUGGGUGGAGGUACGCAAAAAAGUUACCUGAACUAGUUCUUAAAUCGUUGGGUGAGGAACAUAAGCAUACAAAUUUGACGGUAUGGACCUCGACUUUAAAGCGUACGCAGGAGACAGCCUCAUUUUUGCCAUACAAAAAAUUGCAGUGGAAAGCACUAGACGAAUUGGAUGCUGGUGAGUGUGACGGAAUGACGUACGAGGAGAUUGAGAAGGCAUUCCCAGAAGAUUUCAAAGCUAGGGAUGACAACAAAUAUGAAUAUAGGUAUCGUGGCGGAGAAUCUUAUCGUGACAUUGUCAUAAGGUUGGAGCCCAUCAUUAUGGAGUUGGAACGUCAAGAGAAUAUUCUUAUAAUCACCCACCAAGCUGUAUUGCGUUGUCUUUAUGCGUAUUUCAUGAACGUGCCUCAAGAAGAAAGUCCCUGGAUGUCUAUACCAUUACACACAUUGAUCAAGUUGGAGCCAAGAGCCUAUUCUACGUUGGUAUCUAGACUAAAGGCGGAUAUUCCAGCAGUCAGCACAUACAAGGAAAAGGGAACGUCCCAACUCGGAGAGGCAAAAUCGGGAGGGGCCGUUUUCAAAAGUAGGGAUUUGUUGAAUAGUGGCGAUGUGGUUUAG